GUGUGGACAUGCGCAGUGUUUGUCAUUGUUAAAGGGAAUUGCUGGCCCGGUGGUUGUAGUCUGCAGUGUGUGGUAAACGAUCUGACUGUUGGUGUGGGUCCCAGAGGGAACGUUUGGCCAGGCCGGUGUGUUAGGCCCGGAGGAUAGAGGAGCACGUAUCGUGAUUGGCCGAAGCUGUUACUCGCUGCUUGUCGCUGCUAUCACAGUCCAACUUGAAGAUGGCAAUACCCAUGAACAAGCUUUGUGGUCUGGUUGCAGCAACCUUCACACCGAUGACUCAAGAAAAUGAAAUAAACCUGUCUGUAAUUGGUCAGUAUGUUGAUUAUCUGGUAAAAGUCCAGGGGAUUAAAAAUAUUUUUGUGAAUGGCACAACUGCAGAGGGCAUGUCCCUUACUGUUGAAGAAAGAAAAUUGCUUGCUGAAGAGUGGAUUAAACAAGGAAAGGGCAAGUUAGAUCAAGUGAUAAUUCAUGUGGGUUCCUUAAGUAUAAAAGAAUCAAAACAAUUGGCAAUACAUGCUGCCAAGUGCAAUGCUUCUGGGAUUGCAGUCAUUUCCCCAUUUUUCUUCAAGCCUCAAAGUAUAGAGGCUUUAACAGAAUGCCUAAAGGAAGUAGCAUCUGCUGCCCCCAGCAUCCCUUUCUACUAUUACCACAUUCCUGAAUUUACUGGAGUAUCUUUAAAUGUUGUGGAACUGCUAGAUGGGAUCGAGAAAAGGAUUCCAACAUUCCAGGGAGUGAAGUUCACUAGCAGUGACUUGUUGGACUUUGGUCAAUGUGUUCACAAGUUCAAGGAUAGGUUUACUUUGCUGUAUGGAAAAGAUGAGCUACUCUUAUCGGCAAUUGUACUGGGAGCAAGUGGAGCUGUUGGCAGUACAUACAAUUAUAUGGGAAAGUUGUGUAACAAGAUGCUGACUUUUGCUGAGAGAGGAGACUACGACUCGGCAAGGGAGCACCAGGCUGUGAUCCAGGAGUUCAUUGGCUCUAUAAGUAGAUUUGGUCUUGUUUUAGCAGACUACUCUUACUCUUCAGCAGCACAUCAACAACAGAAAACUUCUGGAGGAUAAUAUCAAGUAUCCUACAAGGCGUGGAUGAGAUCAUGUGCUGUAUGGAUUAUGUGCUGAUCCAUGGAUCCACUCAGACAGAAUGUGACAUUAAGCUGCAAGCUGUGCUGUAAUACCUACAGGAAGUAGGACUUAGAUCCACAACACAUUCUGAGUUGACUGUCAAGUAUCUUGGACAUAUUGUGGAUGCAUCUGAUAUUAGAGUUGAUCUGUGGAAGAUGAGAAGAAUUGAGUUUCCAGCUCCUUUUCAAUAUGAUUGAUCACCAGAGAUUCAUGAAAAUUGUAAGCCAAGUAGAAAGUUAUUGUGCAGUGGUUCUGGGAAGAAGUACAAUGGAAGACUUUUGAGAAAAUCAGAGGUGCAGCUAACACCUGAGAUUUUAGCACUCUGUGAUCCACACCUAGCUCCUGCCAUUGCUGCAGAUACAUCUCUGACAGGACUGGGAACUGUACUGUUUCAAAGACAUAGAACCUGAAAUGGUGGAUUAGUUCACGACGUGUUCCAUUUACUGAUAUUGAUUAGAAACAGGAGAGUUGCAGUGCAUUACCAGUUCCUUCAGCCUGUGACAAGUUUGCAUUCUUGUGUUCUUCGACUUGCAUGUCUGUGCAACAGAAAAGUGAGGUAGCACAAAUGGCUUCAAGAAUACAACUCUGACCGAGAAUGGUACAAAAGUAAUAUGUCAGGAAAGCAGCAGACCAAUGGUUUGUUUUUGUUGAAAAGAUAGCAGCCUUUGCAAUUACAACUGCAACUUUAUCAGCAAUAACGCAACAAUUGAAUAAAAGCAGAGGAGCACAGAAAUCUAAUGAGAAUGGGCUCAUAUUAGAGACCACUGUCUAAGAAUACAUAAUCCUAGUCCCAGACAGUAGUAUGAAAAGAGGUGACACCUCUGAGUCUUUGUAAGAGGCCUGAGACUUGAUAUACUGUAAAAGAUUUCACCAAAAACAUUUGGCUAUCACAAUGUAAGGCCAAAGGAAAAUAUACCAUUUGGUGGCCAAGUCUAUCCAAAACUAUUAGAAGAUGUAUUAAUCUGUGCUUCUUGUGCUGUUCAUCACAGGACCAGAAACCUGUUAAUGUCAACUUCCCAUCACAACAGUGUAAACUCCUCACUGAAAGAAGAUCAAGAACUCAACUCCCAAUUCUUCCACUCAUAAUCCUGCCAUCAGUAUAAAAUGGUUAUUUGGAAAAAGUAAUGGAGAAAGGGAUGAAUACUGAUCCAGUCGGGUAUAAAAUUUUGACAAGUAUUACAAAGCAUAUAAUCUAUCAGACCUCCAAUCAAGGCACCCAGUUUGGAUUUCACACCAGCUGGAGUAUUGUGUGCAGUUCUUUGUCACACACAAUAGGAAGGAUGUGAUAUGAUGCUGCAGAGGAGCUUCACCAGGAUAUUGCCUGUGCUGAAGUGUUCCAGCUAUGAAGAGACUAGAUAGAUUGGGUUUGUUUUCCUGAGAACCAAGAAGGCUGAGGGGAGACCUGAUUUGAGAUGUGCAAAAUUGAGAGACACAGAUAGGAAUAAAUGUUUCCCCUUGGUAAAGGGAUGAGUAACCUGGGGAUAUUGAUUGAUUUAUGUCUGGAGGUCUGGAGGGAUUUGAGGAAAGUUUCUUUCACCCAGAGGUAGGGUGGUAUCUAGAACUCUCCUGGUUGAAAAGAUGGUUAAGGUGAAACCAUUACAACAUUUUAAGAAAUAUUAAGAACACAAAUGUGUACAAGGCUGUGGGCCAAGUGCCAGAAAAUGAGAAUAAAAUAGGUAGCUGAUUGAUAACAUCAGAGCUUGAGAGCUAUGACUUAUUUGUUCCUGGUUUGACGAUUCAUGUGAGCUCUUGCUCUUCUGUUUUAGCCACACUAAAGUCAGAUGUAAAUUUUAGAAUUUCUAAAACAGCAGCUUUCAACAUGCUGUUGUUUUGCAUACAUGUUGUUUUGCAUACAUGUUGUUUUGAGAGACUGAUGCCCAAACGUAGAGGUUUUUCCUAAUGAUCAAAGAUGUUAAAAAUUGUUGAGCUAAAUUUCUACAAACUCUAAACCAAAAAUCUUUGGGGGCAAAAAAAUUUCAUGAAUUGAAUUUUAAUAUAUCCAAUUCAAAUAAUUUUCCUCCAAGUUUUUGUUAUUUUAAUAUUCUGACCUGAGCUUUGUUGCCAAAUUUGAGUUUUUGUCUUCGCUGCUCCAGUCGCCUGGAGAUGAAAUACAUUGCUGCAUUGUGGUAUGAAUUUGCCUUCAAACAGGUUGUUUUUACUUGAUGUGGCAACGCACGUGUCAUCUCCCCAUGAUCAAAGAAACUGAAUGUGGAUUUCAUGAUAUUAAAGAACUUAACAAAUUCUAUUAUGUACAAACCUCACCUCAAGCACACAGGUGUCUGGGCUAACGUUUAAUCUAGCAGUUUACGACAGAGGGACAUGCUUUCAGGAGAAUGUCACACUACAAGUGAUCUGA